CCUCCCUCGCCUUCACCCCCACCCCCACCACUUCGGCACAGCUCAGGAUUUGUUUAAACCUUGGGAAACUGGUUCAGGUCCAGGUUUUGCUUUGAUCCUUUUCAAAAACUGGAGACACAGAAGAGGGCUCUAGGAAAAAGUUUUGGAUGGGAUUAUGUGGAAACUACCCUGCGAUUCUCUGCUGCCAGAGCAGGCUCGGCGCUUCCACCCCAGUGCAGCCUUCCCCUGGCGGUGGUGAAAGAGACUCGGGAGUCGCUGCUUCCAAAGUGCCCGCCGUGAGUGAGUUCUCGCCCCAGUCAGCCAAAUGCUCCUCUUCGGGCUUCUCCUGCUGACAUCUGCCCUGGCCGGCCAGAGACACGGGACUCAGGCUGAGUCCAACCUCAGUAGUAAAUUCCAGUUCUCCAGCAACAAGGAACAGAACGGAGUACAAGAUCCCCAGCAUGAGAGAAUUAUUACUGUGUCUACUAAUGGAAGUAUUCACAGCCCAAGGUUUCCUCAUACUUAUCCAAGAAAUAUGGACUUGGUGUGGAGAUUAGUAGCAGUAGAGGAAAAUGUAUGGAUACAACUUACCUUUGAUGAAAGAUUUGGGCUUGAAGACCCAGAAGAUGACAUAUGCAAGUAUGAUUUUGUAGAAGUUGAGGAACCCAGUGAUGGAACGAUAUUAGGGCGCUGGUGUGGUUCUGGCACUGUGCCAGGAAAACAGAUUUCUAAAGGAAAUCAAAUCAGGAUAAGAUUUGUUUCUGAUGAAUAUUUUCCUUCUGAACCGGGGUUCUGCAUCCACUACAACAUUGUCAUGCCACAAUUCACAGAAGCGGUGAGUCCUUCAGCGUUACCCCCUUCAGCUUUGCCACUGGACCUGCUUAAUAACGCUGUCACUGCCUUUAGUACCUUGGAAGAUCUUAUUCGGUAUCUUGAACCAGAUAGAUGGCAGUUGGACUUAGAAGAUCUAUAUAGGCCAACUUGGCAACUUCUUGGCAAGGCUUUUGUAUUUGGAAGAAAAUCCAGAGUGGUGGAUCUGAACCUUCUGAAAGAGGAGGUUGUCUCCUGGUUAAACGCUGCGGUGGAAACUGUGCCUGUUGCCUUCACAAUUGCAACGAGUGUCAGUGUGUCCCAAGCAAAGUUACUAAAAAAUAUCAUGAGGUCCUUCAGUUGAGACCAAAGAAUGGUGUCAGGGGAUUGCAUAAAUCUCUCACGGACGUGGCCCUGGAGCACCAUGAGGAGUGUGACUGUGUAUGCAGAGGGAACUCUGGAGGAUAACCGCUUCGCCAUCUCCCAGAGCAGUACAGCUCCGUGGUUGAUUCUGUUCUAGAACUUACGCAUUAUCUUCAUCCAUAAUCUCAGUUGUUUGCUUCAGGGACCUUUCAUCUUCAGGAUUUACAGUGUGUUCUAAGAGGAGACACCAAACGGAAUUAGGAGUUGUGCAACAACUCUUUUGAGAGGAGGCCCACAUGACAGGAGAAAAGUCUUCAGUCGUGGAAACAAAUUAAAUGUUGUAGAUCACUAGCUAGUUAGAGAGUUACCAUGCGCUAGCUGUGUUCCGUAUUUCAAUUGUCAUGAUACGACUUAGGUUAAUGUCAGUACGGGAAAAACUGUGCAGAUGAGCACCUGAUUCUGUUGCCUUGCUUAACUCUAAAGCUCCAUGUUCUGGGCCUAAAAUCACAGAAAUCUGGAAUUUCUUCCCUAUAUUCACAUAUAUAAACCAGAGUGUUCUAUGUUCUACAAACUUGGUUUUUAAAAAGGACCUAUGUUGCUAUGAAUUAAACUUGUGUCAUGCUGAUAGGAAAGACUGGAUUUUCCAUAUUUCUUAUUAAAAUUUCUGCCAUUUAGAAGAAGAGAACUACAUUCAUGGUUUGGAAGAGACAAACCUGAAAAGAAGAGUGGCCUUACCUUCACUUUAUCUAUAAGUUGGUUUAUUUGUUUUAUUGUGUACAUUUUUAUAUUCUCCUUUUGACAUUAUAACUGUUUGCUUUUCUAAUCUUGUUAAAUAUAUCUAUUUUUACCAAAGGUAUUUAAUAUUCUUUUUUAUGACAACCUAGAUCAACUAUUUUUAGCUUGGUAAAUUUUUCUAAACAGAAUUGUUAUAGCCAGAGGAACAAAGAUGAUAUAAAAUAUUGUUGCUCUGACAAAAAUACAUGUAUUUCAUUCUCGUAUGGUGCUAGAGCUUAGAUGAAUCUGCAUUUUAAAAUAAUGAGGCAGGAGAUCAAUAGAAUUUGGUAAGUUGCAAAGACUUUUUGAAAAUAAAUUAUCAUAUCUUCCACUCCUAUUGUUGGAGAUGCAAAUUAAAAGUCACAUGUGAAAGUAGGCAUUCAGAUCAGUCAUUACUAACCCUUAAUCCUUAUUUUGGGAAAUGUGAGCCUAGCUCAGAAGAACAUAAAGCACCUUCAAAAAAAGAGACUUGACAGCUUCCUGACAAAGUGUGCUUUGCUGUCCUGUAGGAACACAUCCUAUUUAUUGUGAUGUUCUGGUUUUAUUAUCUUUGAACUCUGUUCCAUACACUUGUAUAAAUACAUGGAUAUUUUUAUGUACAGAAGUAUAUCCUUUAACCAGUUCACUUAUUGUACUCUUUGGCAAUUGAAAAGAAAAUCAGUAAAAUACUUUGCUUGUAAAAUGCUUAAUAUUGUGCCUAGGAUAUGUGGUGACUAUUUGAAUUAAAAAUGUAUUGAAUCACCAAAUAAAAGAAUGUGGCUAUUUUGGGGAGAAACUGAGUGUGCGUGUGCAAGAAUUGUCUUUUGAACUCCAAGAAAAUGAAAGCAAUAAAAUGUCGUGUUGCCAUGAUUUUCAUUAUGCAAAAGCCAGUGUCAUUCAAAAGACAGGUAGAAAGCUAACAUUUCUGUUGAGGCCUCUCUGCCUCUUGUCUCCAGUGCUUUUGAGCAGUUAUUUUCUUUUUCCCGCUGGUCUUGAUACUGACUUCUGGUAAAUUAAAUUGCAAAUGACUUGAAAGUUGUAUGUGAUUUAUGAAAUGCUUAAUGAUAGCUAAUAUGGUAGCAUGAAAUUGGGGGAAAAAACUCACUUUCCACUCAUGUCUUCAGUUCCAAUGGCGAAUGCUAAAUGGGGUGAGCGUAAAUUGAUUUGGCAUGUGGAUUCAUGUAUUUUGUGUAUAACACUUCAAGAUGUGGAUCCACAGUUUCCGACGUAGAUUUCUAUACCGGGCUGGUAUCUUCAGCACCCUAGUCCCUGCCUUUCAACUUGCCAGAGACAUCGAGGGCCCAGAGCCACAACUGUCUUCAAGCUCAUCUUCUAGGCAAUACCCCUUUUGGAUACUUUCCUGUCAGUCCUACCCUGCCCCCAGCCACAUGAAGAACAAAAAAAUAAAAUGAACAUACAUGUUCUGUCUUACUUACGUAACAUUUUCAUCGUUUUGUCCCUGCCCUGUAGAGGCCUACUAGAUAUAUGGCUUCACUGUGCUCCUCUCAAAAUGCUAUGCACUGUCUUCCUCUUGGCAAUUUACAACUCAUUAGUAUAGUAAAAACUCUACUAAAUCUUACAGUAAAUGACCUGUGUAGCUGUGUUUAAUUCAGCGUUUCCAACCUUUGAAUGGAAUACCUUCUUUCCUUUUUUAUUUUUUUAAUAUUUAUUUUUUGUUUACUUAUAAAAUGUGGAAAGCUGAAAGAAAUUACUCUAUAAAGACAGCACUCCCACACGCUGUUGCCAGUCCAUGAGUGGAAAGGGUGUGAGGCUUGUCUGCUUUAUACUUUCCCACUCAUACAUCUUCCUGUGCAUUUUACUAAAAAAAAAAUCAAUCCAUUAAUGGCACAUGUGACCAUAAUUUCUCAGAAUUCCAGAAAGUAUUGACUGUAUUGACCACAAACUGUUUUGUAUGUGUUAUCUGUGAUGUGUGCCUUUGUCCCAAGAGAUGGACUGUUUUG